CGGAUAUCAGUUUCUAACAGAAUCCGAGUCACUAUAGAGGUAAAUGGGGAUGUAAUUAUUUAAAGUUUUUGUGACUGACCUGUUUCGAGAAAUUUAACACAAGAUAAUAUUAAAGAAUCCUUUUUAUCAUCUAAAUUCUAACAUAGUCAUCCUCUCAUCUCUACCCCUGACUUGUUACCACUCUAACUAACUCUUAUAUAAUCUGCCUCCACCAUUUUCCAACUACUACGAAACAGAGAAGAUUUCGGAUCAAUUUCUGAUCAACAACUUUAUAGUAUGCCAUGAAUAUAAACGCGAUCAAAUUGCUCAAUAUCAUUGCAGUACUUGUACUCCUUGUGUCAGUUUUAGCGCAAGCACAUGUCUCAACAAAGUGUCAGCAAUCAUGCGGAUCAGCCAAACACGUUCCCUUCCCGUUCGGAUUCUCCUCAGGCUGCGAAAUCCAGCUCAGCUGCGUCAACGACACCGUUCUAAUCGGAGACUUCCCCGUUCAGAAAAUCACUUCUGACAAAAUACUAGUGAAUAUUCCUGCCAAAUGUGGCCGGCCUAUGAAAACCCUGCAGCAAUUCUUCAACCUGAAUUACGCGCCAACACGAGACAACGGGAUUCUGUUACAGAACUGCACAACUCCCGUGACAGGAUGUCUGAUUCCUAGUACUCUGGUCCAAACAAACCUGGAAUUCCUGGAUUGUGGAUCGUCGAAAAAUAAAGAUAAAAUAAGUUGUUAUUCGGUACAAAAUAACGAGACUUUAUUCAUCGAUUAUGCAAAUGUUACGAACACUAAGUGUGACUACCUGAUCUCCGCGGUGUCUACACAGACUUUUAGUAAUAGCUCUGCAGUGUCUUUGGAAGUUCAGGUUGUGCAGCUAGGGUGGUGGCUACAAGGGCCUUGUUCGUGUUCUAGUGAUGCCACAUGCACUAAUGUUACGUCUCCGAUUAACGGCCAGCCGGGGCACCGGUGUAGCUGCCGUGAUGGAUUUCACGGCGACGGGUUCAGUGCUGGCAUCGGCUGCCGGAAAGAUUUGGGGUGCAACAUAGGGAGGUUCUUUAGAGGCCAUUGCGGGGGAAGCGAUAAAAUAGUCAUGUUAAUCGGAGGUACUGCUGCUGGUGUUCUGUUGAUGGGCUGUAUCGGACUGGUUCUUCGUCGUCGAUUCACCUCCAAGACUGAAAAAAGAAGAAUUGGCAGACUUUAUGAUACUAAAGGCCUUAGCAUACCUGUAUUUCCCUACAAAGAAAUAGAAAAGGCCACUCAUAACUUCUCUGAUAAACGUCGACUGGGGACUGGAGCCUACGGAACUGUGUACUGUGGAAAACUCCGUAGUGAUGAUCAGUGGGUUGCGAUUAAGAGAAUCAAACGGGGGGCAGAUAGAGAAAGCAUUGAGAAUGUCAUGAAUGAGAUCAAGCUCCUCUCUUCUGUCAAUCAUCCGAAUCUUGUCCGCCUAUUGGGCUGUUCAAUUGAAAGAAAUGAACAGAUUCUUGUGUAUGAGUUUAUGCCUAAUGGAACUCUCUGCCAGCAUUUGCAUAGAGAGAGAGGCAAUGGGCUUGCAUGGUCGGUUCGUCUCACUAUUGCAGCUGAAACUGCACAAGCCAUCGCCCAUCUCCACUCUAGCAUAAACCCUCCGAUAUACCACAGAGAUAUCAAGUCCAGCAACAUUUUAUUGGAUUACAAUUACAAGACAAAGCUUGCAGAUUUUGGACUUUCUAGAAUUGGAAUGACUGAAUCGUCGCAUAUUUCCACUGCCCCUCAGGGUACACCAGGGUAUCUGGACCCUCAGUAUCACCAAAACUAUCAUCUCUCGGAUAAAAGUGAUGUCUAUAGCUUCGGGGUGGUGCUUCUUGAGAUUAUAACCGCAUUAAAAGUGAUAGACUUCACGCGCCAGAAGAAUGAAGUAAAUUUAGCUUCUUUUGCUAUAGAUAGGAUUGGGAAGGGUCUACUGAAUGAAAUUGUUGAUCCCUUUAUUGUGUCAACUCUAGACGAAGCGACCUUCUCAUCAAUGCACAAAGUGGCAGAACUGGCAUUUAGAUGCAUAGCAUUUCAUAGUGAAACAAGGCCUUCGAUGACAGAAGUAGCGGCUGAACUAGAGCAAAUCAGGCUAAAUCAACGUGUAACCACAGAAGAGAUAAACAUGUCUUCAUCAGGAGGCCAGAGUCCUCUGAGAGUUGUCACCAAGAUAUCGGUAUUGAACAACAAAGUUCUGUCUGCAAGUUUGAAUUCAGUAGACAGUGAAAAAAACUUUUCGCCUAAUUCUGUGCAGGACUCAUGGACAACUGACAGAAGCUCCCCUUCAUCAAAUGGUCUGCUAUCUCAUACAACUCAGUGAUCAAUAAUCUAUCAUCUGUAUGCAUGGCUACCAAGUGACCUGCAUUCGAUAACAAAGGUUUGUCUGAGAGUUCAAUUCAGUACAGCGAGGAUUUUCCCCCAGUUCUGUGCAGGACUCGUGGAAUACUAAUGGGAGCUCCUCAUCCUCAAAUAGUUCUCUAUCUCAUACAACUUGGUGAUCAAUAAGUAUUAUCUUUCUCAGGUGGAUGGCUUUUUUUGUGAGAUCUUAAAGAAUUUUUGGUGUUACUCCAAGUAUUUAUUGUGUAUAAAUAGUCUGCUAUCUUGCCAAAAGGAUUUAGAUGUGUAAAAUUAUCAUAGCAAAAUCAUCUUCAAAAUGUAAAAUAAAUGUUUCAAGAAUCUCAGUCACUACUGUCACUA